UUUCUGCGAGCAUCACUGUCUGCACGUCGCGCCCCCUAAUUACCAGCAGCUCAGGCAAUGUUUGCAUGAGGACCAAUCAAUAUGUUUGCCGGUACCAGAAUGGCGUAUUGAGGUAACAGGCGUGAACAAGGUUUCUAAAGGAACAAAGACGAAAAGCAACAUAUUGCAUUUCUCUACUUUUGUGUGGCCCUGAACCCAUGAGUUACGACAGCUGCUCGCGGACUCUGCCAUGAAUGACUCAAACAUGACUGAUGCUGCAAAGAAACAAGGACAUGGCCAAUAAGGACUUCUUUCGCCUUGCUAUGCACCUAGACAUACGGGUGAACAAGCCUUUGUGAUGACAAUAUAACUAUAAAACGUUAUGUAUCCUCGUCCCAAGAACCGCAUCCGGCUCGAACAGCGCACAAAGCUGGAAUUGCCACGACUUGUAAGUUAUCAGAGUAUCCGGAUUAUUCGAUCGUCUACAGAAUGUGUAUCCUCGUCAACACUUACCAGACAUGCGCCUUGUUUGGUCACCCAAUACAAGAGGCAAAUGCUACUGGUUUCAAGACGGUGUUGUGCAAUGAAGCCAAAGCAAAAUCGGACACAUUCGGUAUGUGCCAAGAUGCAUCAGCGCAAAACAUCCCUGAUUUUGCCUAUCCGCACUGCAAUGAAUGCGACGAAGUUGAUGAUGAGUGCUACAAAAAAGUCAAGGAGAUUCUGGAAGCAAAUGAAAGUGCUGGUUCUCCAGAGACCAAGAUUCUCACAGAGGAUUUUGUGGCGCACCUCAGAGGUUUACCGAUAGACCGUGAGAGAGCACCAGUUGUAUCACCUCAAGAUAUCCUGGAUUUCAUUCGAGUUGGCAUCCUCAACCCGGUUGCUGAUAUUGACCGGACAAGGGCAUCAGCUUGGAUAGUUAUAGAGAAGCGGAAAGCCAACUCAAGGAUCAACACAGAUGGCGCUAGAGAUCUUUUCGCACGUUGGCUUAUUGCUGCUUGUAAGUUAAGGCAUAUCGCAGCAGCUAUGGCCAUAGCAAUGAAUGAUGGCGAUUCUAACCGUCUCCGGCUUUUACAUCUUAUUGCCAACCAAGUGAAGGUUGUAUCAAUCUGGCGGGCACGACUUGACCGUAUGGGAAUGUUCAGCGAUUAUGUCUUCUAUGCAGGUAUCAGUGAGUCGCCCCUAUUCAACACUCCAAUUUUGUCUGAUCUGGAUUCCCUGGAAGGAAGCGAAGUCAUAUUCGAUAUAUCGAGUACUGAAUCAGAUGUAGACGAACAAUGUGGAGAUGUCGGGUCGCCGCUAUCCGAAGGCUGGGACGAGGUACAGAGCUCACAUUGCUAACCAUCCAUACCACAUAAUAGGCAACAUAGAACGGUGGUCGGAACGAACCGGUGCUGUACUAGGACGUGCGCAGCUUGCAAUAUGA